AUGGCGUCACGUAUUCGUACCAUGCUUAGUAAAUUAUUUCAUAUACCUGAAUAUCGUGUGCUAACUAUGGGUCUUGAUGCAUCGGGAAAAACGACAAUACUUUAUAGAUUAAAACUCAAUGAAAUUGUUUCAACGAUUCCCACCAUUGGUUUCAAUGUAGAAACAGUAACGUACAACAAUACUUCUUUAACUAUUUGGGAUGUAGGAGGAUGUGAUAAAAUUCGUCCCUUGUUACGACACUAUUUUCAAAAUACACAUGCUCUUAUUUUCGUAAUUGACUCAAAUGACAGAGAUCGAUUACCAGAAGCAACCGAAGAAUUGUGGCGUGUAUUAGCGGCCGAUGAAUUAAUCUACAUACCUAUAUUAAUCUACUUAAAUAAAAUCGAUCUAUCUAACAGUAUGAAAUCCGAAUAUGUUAUUCAAGAAAUGCGACUCAAUAAUAUUAGAAAUAGACAAUGGUUUUUGCAGCCCUGUUGUGCUAGUACGGGUGAUGGUUUGUAUGAAGGUCUAAGUUGGUUAGUAUGUUCAUUGAAAUCUCCGCAUACUUUGGAAUCGAUACAUAUGGCUAUGGAAUCAAAUGCUUUUGCAACGAAAAUUGAAAACAAUCUUGAUGAAAAUAAAUCACUAGAAUGGUUGUCUCAAAUAGAUGAUGAUACAAACGAAGAUUUUGUUGAAAAAUUCGAAAAGCAUCAGUUAUCAAUCGAAGCAUUUGACCAUCGAACAUUAUUGAGAAUAAUAUGGGUAUAUUUAGUGAUACUCGGUAGACAGAAGACAGUAAAAAUACUAUUUGACUAUCUCAAGUUCUAUAUUAAAGAUAUGAAUGAGACAUUGAUCUAUUUCUGGAUACAAAUUGUGCAUUAUGCAUUUGAAGCAACGAAAAAUCCAACAAAUGAUUUUACUGGUUUCUUAUUAAUGAAUCCUCAAUUGCUGAACGAAACUGAACUACCCUUGAGCUACUAUAAAAAAGAUACAUUGUUUAGUAGACAGGCAAAAACAACUGUUGUUUUACCAGAUGUGAAACAAUUGCCAAGUAUUUUACCUGCAUCCUCCGUUUCUAUUAAUAAUACGGUAGAGAAACAAAAUAACGCGACACGUGAACUAUCAGUUGAUGAAUUAGAUGACGAUGAGUUUCUAAAACAAUUCGAAUCGAAUUCGUUAAAAAGUUGGUCUCAUAAAACUCAUGUACGCAUGGCAUGGCUUUAUUUGACACGUAAUGGUCGUCGUGCAGGAGUUAGCAAAAUAUUUGAUGGUAUUAAGAAUUUCAUUCAAAAUAGUCCAAUAGCACGAAAAACAACAUUUCAUUUUACAAUGACGUAUUUCUGGAUUCAAAUGAUUGAUCUAGCCAUAGCACAAAGUCCGAAACAAAUCAAUUUUGAACAAUUUCUUCAUUUAAAUCCACAUUUACUCAACGGAGGUUUAUUUUUAGAAUAUUACAAAAAAGAAACAAUGUUAAAUAAUCCAACUGCUAGACAAGAAAUGGUCUUGCCAGAUAUCAAACCAUUACCAACCAUCGUCACAGCCAAUAAUAAAAAGUGA